AUGGAAACUAAUUUUCGAAGUCGAUGGGCAACUUCUUUGAUGAAACUCGGAUUAAAUUUUGAUAUUUGGAUGAUGCAACGCCACUGGUCAAGCAUUAUUGAAUGUAAUGACCCUGGCUUUCCAUUAGAGCAGAUUCAUAUACUCGUUUUGGCACAGGUGUUAAAUCGUCCAAUCAUUGUAUUUCCUAUUGAGUCGUCAAAAUUCCCUGCUCGGGAUGGACGUCCUGGUGGUUGGAAACAUCCAGUUGAAGGAUUUUAUCCACAAUUGCCUGGUUUAAACAUGUACCGAUUGUGCCCACCUUUGUUACUUGGCUAUACUAAUGGAAAUUUUUAUGCGCUUAUAUUACCUCCACGUCCUGCUGUUGGGCGAGUAGAUCCAGGUCGUCCAUCACGUAUUUAUCGAUAUAUACGUUGUCCACCCUAUCCUCUUACGGAGUAUGUGCAGUUUGUGAAUGAUGCAAAGGAAGCAGAAGAUUUCAUUAAGGACAACAUUGUUGUUGAUGUGGAUUGUAAUGGGCAGCAGUGGAUUUAUCAUUCAACGUUUGGUUCAUCUCAUACAAAGAAUGAUUUGGGCUUUCUAUUGUGGAAGGAUUGGAUAAAAACGCAUUUUCCAAAAAUCAUUCGCGAAGAUUGUGAGAAUGCGGUUACAGCUUCUGAAGACAGUGCUUCAAAAGUAGGCCGAAUUGGUGGUAACUCACCGUAA